UGCGGCUACACUGCUCAACGACAAAGUGAUUUGUGCAUUCGUGAAGGGCACUCGGUCACCCGAACGACAGCAGAGAAAAGAUUUUUCAAAUGCAGUUCAUGUCAUAAGCGAAUUAUUGUCUUCAGCAUGAUGCCAACGAAACCGUGCAAGCAAUGUAGCGCGAAUGAAUGGGUCCGAGUUGCGAUGAGAGACGAAAGAAAAGUCCAACUGGAAAAUGAGAAGUUACUUCUUCGUGGCGAGGAGCGGAAAUUCGUUAACAGUUGA